UCCACAGCGGCCGAAGGGGCGGGCUCGGGGGCCGAGGGACCCUGAGGUGCUCGCGGCCUGCUCGGCGGUGCAAGAUGGCGGACAUCUCCCUGGACGAGCUCAUCCGGAAGCGCGGGGCUGCUGCGAAGGGGCGCCUCAAUGCCAGACCAGGAGUUGGAGGUAUCCGAUCUCGUGUCGGGAUCCAACAGAGCCUUCUCAGCCAGCCAGCACGCACCACCACCUUCCAGCAGAGAUUUGAUGCCCGGCAGAAGAUUGGCCUCUCAGAUGCCCGGCUCAAGCUGGGAGUCAAAGAUGCCCGGGAAAAGCUUUUACAGAAAGAUGCCCGGUUCCGGAUCAAAGGGAAAGUGCAAGAUGCCAGAGAGAUGCUGAACUCCCGCAAACAGCAGAGCGCAGUGCUCCAGAAGCCCCGCCAGGUGGCUGAUGCCCGGGAGAAGAUCAGCCUGAAGCGGAAUUCUCCUGCUGCCUUCAUGAGCCCACCCAUCGGGACAGUGACCCCUGCUCUAAAGCUCACUAAAACCAUCCAGGUUCCACAGCAGAAGGCCGUGGCACCAGUUCAUGCCCAUCCUGCUGGAAUGAGGAUCAAUGUCGUCAAUAACCACCAGGCCAAACAGAAUUUAUAUGACCUGGAUGAAGACGAUGAUGUAGCUCCCAUUCCUAGUAAACAGAUGAAAUUUGUAGCCCCGGGCAACUUUCUCCACCAUGUGGCCGGGCUGAGCAGUUCCAAGCUUUCCAUGUCCAAGGCCCUUCCUCUCACCAAAGUGGUUCAAAAUGAUGCAUACACAGCUCCUGCUCUCCCUUCCUCUGUUCGAACAAAAGCCUUGACCAACAUGUCCCGGACUCUAGUGAACAAGGAGGAGCCCCCCAAAGAACUGCCGCCUGCUGAGCCUGUCCUCAGCCCUUUGGAGGGCACCAAGAUGACGGUGAAUAAUCUGCACCCUCGAGUCACCGAGGAAGACAUUGUUGAGCUUUUCUGUGUGUGUGGAGCCCUGAAGAGGGCUCGGCUGGUCCAUCCUGGAGUAGCAGAGGUGGUCUUUGUGAAGAAGGACGAUGCCAUCACCGCGUAUAAGAAGUAUAACAACCGGUGUCUAGACGGGCAACCAAUGAAGUGCAACCUGCACAUGAAUGGGAACGUUAUCACCUCAGACCAGCCCAUCCUGCUACGGCUGAGUGACAGCCCCUCAGUGAAAAAGGAGAGUGAGCUGCCUCGCAGGGUGAAUUCUGCCGGCUCAUCCAACCCUCCUGCCGAAGUGGACCCUGACACCAUCCUGAAGGCACUCUUCAAGUCCUCAGGGGCCUCUGUGACCACACAGCCCACAGAAUUCAAAAUCAAACUUUGAGCAGGGGAGCGCGACAGCCAGAAGUGGGGGCAGAGGAGGGUGGCUCUGUUUCCCAAAGCAAAGCGUGUGACCAAUGGGCCGUCGGACUGGAGGCCCCUGAGUGUGGGAAGGGUCGCCAGGGGUAAAGAGCUUCCUCACUGGACGGUACCCGCCUUUCUGUGUUGUGUUCUACCCUGUGCUCUUCUCUGUGUUAACAUUUCCUUGUAGUAUGUUUUUUCUCUCUCCGCCUCAUCACCAAGGUAGGCUUGUGUCGCUCAGAGUGUUCCCCUAACUUCCACCCCAACUUCAUUUUUUAAUCUGGAAAUAGUGCCCUAAAUUCCCUGGGUGGCUUUCUUGUGACCCCAUGGAAUGCAGGGCAGGGGCUGGUGGAAGGAUGCUGCUUUCUGUUUGCAAGGGUGAGGGGGUGACCCCCUUUCUCAUUUGCACUUUUCAAACAAAGCAGGGAGUGCAAGCCCCUGCCACUGUACUGGGAACCAGGUCAGCUCAGGAGCUGCGCCGCUCGCUCUCCUGGUCACUGGAGGUGGCCUAGGUGGGGGGUCAGGCCACAAGGCCCCCUGUCCUCUUACCACAGUUGGCUCCAGACCAGACUGGUCUAGAGAGGGCCCUAUGGCAAAGUAAAGGGAAGAGUGCACCCCUAGUUCUUGGUUUGGGGGGGCCCAUGUUAUCUGAGGCAACCCAGAGGAAGUUCUUCGCGUUCACAUUUCCCCCCCCCCCCUCGUGUUAUGCCAGGUUCUCCACCCCAGCUCUCUUGGCCUUCUGGGUAUCACUGCUAGAAGGGGCUUGCGUUGUUCGCCCUCCCAUUUCUCACCCAGCCCACACACUCUGGUUUGGGUGCAAAUGCCAGCUCUCCACUAGUUGGAUUUUUCAGUGCAUCUCCCUCCUGUUCUGUGACACUGUGGAUCUGGGAGGUUAUUUGAAGGGGAGACAUUGACUUGCUUCUAGAUUUUUCUGGCCUCAGGUGCAUACAAGACAAUAGUCGGGGAUCCUGAAAGGCAGCAUAUAUCCAGCAGCCACCAGGCGGCACUGUCUCCACUGUUGGGAGUGACCCAUCCAUCCGUGACCUGAGGGUUCUUUUCCUACCUUGGCAGUUGGGGGAGGGGAGCGGUGGAUGGUGUGGAGGGAGUUGAGAGAGCAGAGCAGCUUUUCCAGGUGAGCUGCUGGGUUGUUCCCUCAGCAGGGUUCCAGGCAUUCAGGGCAAAAAGGUAGAACCCCAGGGCAGCCCCUGAAUAGCAAGACAGCAUUGCUCCCCAUCCUCCUCCGCUUCCUGCUGGUUUAUUAGGACUGUAAGGGGAAUCCAGCCUGGCAAAGCUGAGUGGUGGGGAGCAGGAUCCGGGGGGCGGGGUGGGGGGCCUACAGAUCAGUAGCAGGUGGUAUGAAAGGCACAAGCCAAGAAAGUGUGAAGAGGACCUGAGACACUAAGAGCCUCUGGUGACCUGCUUGGGGCCAGCCCAGUGAAGCACAGCCUAGCAGCUCAUGUUGCCGCAGGGUUAAAUCUGUCGAGCAGGAGGGACCCAGGGUCAGAGCCCACUUCAGUCCUCCAGCUCUGAGGUUGUCCAGACCUGGGAAGUCCAAGGAAUGGGCCUGAUGGUGCUCCACUUUCUGGUUCUUUAAAGAAUGCUGCUUUUGUUUCCAUCUUCCCCUUUGAACUUGAGCAGCUGGAAAACAUUCCUCCUACACUUUCCCCUUCUUGGCCCCAGAGAGCACCCACAAGACAGUAGGAUGUGGUUUCUCAGGUCAGGGGACAGUCCAGUCACUGCUUGGGCUCUGCUUCCAGUAGGGACAGUAAGUAUCCUGCCUGCAUGGCUUUUCUCUCCCGUCCCCCCUCCAGUCCCAUGCCAGGCUGCUCUCGUUCUGACAGGGUCUCACUGAGCCCUGCCACAGCCACCUGGCCAUCUGGACCCUGUCCUCUGGGUAGCCACAUGGUACCUUGCAGGGUAGGGCCUGUUUGUCUCCCCUGUUGUACAGGGUGUCAUCGUGGGGAACAGAAGAGAAGGUGGCAGGCCAGUCCUUGUGUCCCUCUCCCCCCUCCCACUCCCGUCCAUUCCCCAUCCACGUCUUGUAUUCAGAAGGAGAGGAAGAGGCUUCAAGGGAUGGAGGAAACUGUGUUACCCAUUUCUGAAUAAACGUUUGUUAUUCCUA